GGGCUUAAUCUGACGUAUUUGCGACUCUCUUUUAUUUUGUGCUGUGUAAAGCCGGAAGUUUGCAGUUUGAGACUACGUGCUUUACUGCUACAGUAAUAAUGCCUCGCUGUGGAGGGCUGUCUGAGGUGGAAGAGGCCACUGCUGAGGUGCAGAAAAUCUGUGAUGAGAUGAAGCAUUAUGCAGAGCAAAAAACAGGAAGAACAUUUGACGUCUUCACUGCUAAAUCCUACAAGACACAGGUGGUCGCUGGGACAAACUAUUUCAUCAAGGUCCAUGUGGGUGGUGAUGAAUAUGUUCACCUGCGUGUCUAUAAGAUGCUGCCUUAUGCUGGAGAAAAACUGGAACUUACUGAAAUACAGGCUCUCAAAGCCUAUCAGGACUCCAUCGAAUACUUCUAAACAUACGUUCCAUUAAAAAAGAAACACCGUAGAAACUGCAUUAACAUAAAGAAUCAGAGGCUGUGUUUAAAGGAUAUGGGACAUGAAACAUAAAAGCACGCUAUAUCAGUUUCUUUCCAUUAAAAAUAUGAAUUAAUUGCAUCAACAAAUACAAAAUCAUCUAUUAAAUUCAGCAAAAUCGUUAUAUUCGUGAUGAUUAUAUGGCAUUUCUGCUCGACUUCCGAUAUGCAUUUUUUGCAACCGGAAGAGCCGCUGUCACGUGAUCAUACGUCACAAAAACUUUCGGGCACAGCACAAGCGGGUAGAUGAAUGGAGAAGUGGAUGACAAAAAAAUUUGGUUUUAUAGUCUUUAAAGUACAUUGGACAUCAUGGUGUAUUGUGCUGCUUAUGGUUGCAAUAAUUCCAAUGAGAAAUGCCCUGGAGUAAGUUUUUUUGCAUUCCCCAAGGACCCGAAGCUGAGGAAAGUGUGGGCUCACCUGCGCAUGCGCAGUAGGCUUUGCGCAUGUGCAGUAGGCUUGGUAGGAUAACUUUACAGAACACCUGUUGAAAAAACUUUGCACCUACUGUUUCCCACAAACUGUGUUCGGACCAUUUCACUGAGGAUCCUUUCAACAUUAAUACUCAGGUACUGAGCGAUAUUAAUUCAUGAAACAGGAAGUAUAAGGAUGAGAAAAAAAAAACAGUUUAAAUCGGGAAGCUGCACACAUUUGUGCCAGGCUGCACAAAUGUGCGCAGCUUCCCGAUUUAAACUGUUUUUUUCUCAUCCUUAUACUUCAUGUUUCAUGAAUUAAUAUCGCUAUUUUUAUUUUUUUAAAUCGGAUCUGCGCGAUUCAGCCGUGAAAAAGGCGGCAUCCGCUGAAAGGCGCGCUGUUUGCAUCCCUGCACGGAGGCCAGGGGACAGGGCAGGAAUAUUUUUGUUGAUAUGAGUGAUCCGGUGCAAUUUCGCGACCCCCCUUGUUGAAGACCUCUGCGCUAAGCGACUGAAAGCCGAGGUAAGGAUUAGUAUUAUAAUUUUGGGUGUAUCAGUUAUUGAUUAUCAUAAUUCUGACUCGUUUCGCCAUUUUGAAUGUUUUCAUCUCGGACUCUGGAAGCAUUGUAUCUCAAUCAAUCUCGAAAAAUAUCAGCAAAAAAAAAAAAAACUAGCUUGCAACGGACUUUAGCUAGAUCUAUGAUGAACUUUCAAUGUAUGAUACAAAAAUAAUACUUCUUUCAACAGAUCAUUAGCCUUUGAGCAGAAUUGUUUUUAACUUACCAGGAAGUGUUAUCGAGCCGACCACUUUUAGUUUCAUGAGGGCUGAAUGAACUCUCACUCUCAGAAUCAUCUGACCCGUCAGAGUAAAGACAAGAUCCAUGUUCAUGUGAAUUUCCAACUAUCGGUUCGAAUUGAUAGGGUCUAACUUCACAUCUCUGUGAAACAUCGGGAAUAUCACUGUCGAUGGUGUCCAUUUCGGUAACCUGUUUACAUUAGAUUCCCAAGCUCUGGCUCCUUGGAAAGUUUUUGUGAUGUCACAGGUCACGUGACCACCUAGCUAAUUAACGAAUCCUUGUUUUACGCUGAUGUAUAAAAAAAACUUGAAUAAUGUGGUGAUUUUCACAUUUUUGACGCCCUGCAGUGAUUUAGAUGGCAUUUCUUAUGUCCUUUAUACAUAAUUAUGCCCAGGUAAAAAUCCAUGUCCCAUAUCCUUUAAGUUAUUACACCUGGAAUGUCACCAGAUUAAACUGGUUCAAAACAUUAAUCACAACAUGUUUACUAUCUCUACAAAUGAUCAAAAUUAAAGAGAACAUAUGAAGUGAUAUUUGAUAUGUCUAUAUGUCCUUGAAGAAUGCAGUAGCUAUAAUGAAAUUAAAGGUAGGAAUAAACAUUGAUGCAUGACUACUGCUUUUAAUGUAUUAAUUUGUCCAGAAUUGUGUGGAAAUAAAUUUUAAUUAAAGUCCAUUGGACCCUGUGAUAACAGAAUAAAA